AUGGAUAGCAACUCUUCGUCAUCACUAAAGUUGGUGGAACUCACUGAUGCGGAACAUACCUUAAUUUUAAUGACACGUUCGAUGGGUUUAAAUGAGAUAUUUCACACGAUGAUGCUCAACAAGGUUUUUCCAAAAGAACUGCAAAAUAGAUAUGAUCACAUCAUGAAUAUAAUUAAUUUACAUUAUCAAAAGUCGUAUGAAAUUCAUGUGAUAAAAUCAAUGAUUGAAUUUAUCUCUAUUAAUCCAGCAUAUAAUCAUAUGUUUCAACAACAAUCAGUUAAUGAAAUGAUUCAAAAGUAUCAGAACGAUAGAUUUGCUGAAUUUAAUGGUGCAUGUGAAUUAUAUCUGAAGCCAUAUACCGAUGAAUGUGUUGUUUGUAAGAAAGAAUUAAAAGUCGUUUUCUCUCAUCGUCCAAAGACGGUUUUGUCAUUAACACGUAACUAUAAAGCACUGAUUGCUACUUGUUCUUGUGAUGCUUGUGGUGUAGAAAUUUUUCCGAAUUUUUAUACAAAAAAUAAGAUGAAAUUUAUUACGAACGAAUCAAUUAAAAAUGAUCGAUUUAUUUAUCUGAAUGGAAAUCAAAUAUUUGAUCAAAAUUUAUUACUUGAUUUUGACCAUCAUCUGGUCAAAAAUACUUUGUCGUUUGAUGGAUAUACACAAGCCUACAAUUCAAGAAUAGCAAUAGUUAGAGAAAGAGAAGAUAAAUCAUUCAUGAGUACAAUAGUUGAUAAUUGUGAAACAACUAUACUAAACGGAAAAGUUCUCCAAAUGACAUGGCUUAUUAUUAAUAUAGCAAAGUUUACCUUCAUGACGACAAAACACAAUGUUGUAGCUGUACCAAUGUCUGUAAGAGAUAUAAAAGAAUGUAAUGAUUAUUUUUUAGCGGCAAAAUUGGAUUUGUAUAAACAUUUCGUUGGUUUCUGGACACAACAUCAACGAUUUACAAAAGCAUGCGAUCCAGUUACAUGCUCAAAAGUCUUUGUUGUUGAUGGGCAUCAGAAAGCAAAUCGUUUGAUAUGUCAAUAUAAGAAUGUGUUUGAUGAUACAAUACCUGAAUUUGGACUGGUUCAAAUGGGAUGUUUAUAUUCUCCUUUAAGAAAAGCACCUAAUGUCGAUCACAGAUUUUGUCAACAUCAUCAACCAUCAAUAUUGUCAUCAGCUACGGUGCAUCUUAUUGAUCAAGACCAUAAAGAAAUACACUUAGAUAAGGAGGCAUUGAUUGAGUACAUUGACAAAGAUGGUCGUUAUGAUGAUAAUUUGUGCAAUGUAUUCAGAUCUGGAAUUGGUUGUAGUUCAAAAAUUAGUUCUUAUGGUUUCUUAGCUACAUUCUUGAAUUGUUCGGUUAUAGUUGGAUUUACAGAACAACCAUGUUCUGAAGGAAUGCGACGUGUUUUACACCAUAUUUUAACAAUAUCACGAUAUGGUCCGUUACCAACAGCUAUGUGCUACGAUUGCGCUUGUACCUUGAAGCUGUUCGUAGAGAAACACUUUGGUUCAGAUAAUUUAAAGUCAACAGAAUUUACAGAAUUUUUAACAUCAUUAACCAUGGCAAUUGAUCGAUUUCAUGUGAAAAAUCACAAAAGACAUAUGUGUAAAACAAUUAUGAGACCUGAUGAUCCAUCUCAUAAAGACAUUUAUAAUUCGAUUAAUACGCAAGUUGCUGAGCAGAUGUUUUCGUAUAUGUCAAAGUUCAAAAACUCUUUCAGAGGAUAUAGUUAUCCAAAGUCCACAAUAUUUUUUACAAUGUUAUUUCAUUUAAAAAAUUGUAUGACAACUGGUAUAAGUUCGUUCGAGCAAGGGGUUUGA